AUGAAGCCCGGAGAGGAGGAACAUAACCCCAAAAAGACCGGGUAUGAUUGUGCGCACUGUGAACAACCGAACCAUGCAGAUGAUAACAUGGUGCUCUGCGAGAAAUGCCAAAAAUGGUUUCAUUUCAUGUGCGCCGGCGUGACGUCCGACAUUAAGAAGGUUCCCUGGUCGUGCGUUAGUUGCAGACAAGCUGCCACAACAGCAAAUAAUACUCGCGGUCAAGUCGAAGGUGGCACAGUUCUGGAAGUCUCCGAUUCGAUGGAAAAGGACCAACAGGAGAAAAGUGACCCGAGGACGUCGGCAGACGACGACGAUGAAGAAGAACGCCAACACCAGAAGGAGCUGCGAAUGAUGAAAGAACGUUUUGACCGUCAAUUCCAACGGGAAAAGGAGAAGAUGAUGAUGCAGAUACGUUUGGAACGAGAAAUGCUGGAGAGAAAGAAAGCGGAACUACACAAGAUGCGGAGUGAGCUGUAUGAAGAGUUCGAGUAUAGCCCCGAUCACCUGGAUCAGGAGAACGGCGCCGUAGGUGGUAAACCAGUACCAAAUCAGGAGCAAACAGAUGCGGACUUGGAGAAGAUGUGGAGGGACAAGCUAAAAUUCCCGUACGAGCAACGCAAACCCAUUGCGGACCCUCGGGGGGCUUUUCCCAAAUGUUCUACGCCCAAAGAAGUUUCAAUGCAACUGGGUACCAUCAACAACCAUCAGGGGCCACCGGAAAACGAUCCGAAGGAAAACACACCGCUGAGGAACCCGCAAAUACCAACAACGAAGGUAAACAAACCAGGUUUGCCAUCUCUACCAGUGCCUUCUUUCUGUCCACCGGCGGCUGUUCAGCCACACGCUCCAACGCUCCAUCGACGUCAAGGACUCCAGCCCGUCGCACAUGCGAACUUCUCUGUAUCAGACGCGUUGCAUGACAGUCGUGACCAGGCUCCAAUCCUUCCAGAGCAGGAGUUGACAAGAGCGCAGCUUGCAGCUAGAAAAGGUCCCUUCGCUAAGCUGCCAGUAUUCACGGGACGGCCAGAGGAAUGGCCACUGUUUAUAAGCAGUUUCAACAACGGGAACGCAGCCUGCAACUGGACCGACCUAGAGAAUCUUGGCAGGCUUCAAGAAAGCAUCAAAGGGCCAGCACUGGAAGCCGUGAGGAGCAGGCUGUUGCUGCCAGAAUCGGUCCCAAGAGUGAUCGAAACGCUUCGCCACCUGUAUGGCAGACCGGAACAACUUCUUCAUUCUUUGCUGCAGAAGGCAAGGAAAGCUGACCCCCCGCGUGCCGACCGCCUUGGCACAUUUAUCAGCUUUGGCAUGAUCGUCCAACAAUUGUGCGACCACCUGGUGGCCUCAGGAAUGGUUGAACAUCUCGUGAAUCCCAUGCUCAUUACAGAGCUUGUUGAGAAGUUGCCCCCCACCACGAAAAUGGAGUGGGUUCGGCACAAGCGUCAGCAGGCAGCAGUCGAUCUCAGCACCUUUUCGGAUUUCCUUUCCGAAAUUGUUUCGGAAGCAACGGAGGCCACACUCUAUGCAGAGCCUCGAACCGAUAGUCGUUCAAACCGAGACUGGAAAGAAAAACGACCGAAGGGCAAAGAGCAUCAAGGGUUUCUGAACGCACACGUCGGCGUGGAGCAUUCGUCGCAUCAGUUGAGCGACCAGCGCAAAGGAGGUGACCAGAACGUCAAUCGUACGCCAUGUCGCGGUUGCAAUAGUCUGGAGCAUAGGACCCGUGGCUGUGAGGAUUUUCGUAGACUGGUCUGGAACGACAAGGUGAAAAUAGUAGAGAAGUGGAAAAUGUGCAAAAUGUGUUUGAAUGAGCACGGUGAGGCACGCUGUCGGUUUAAAGGGCACUGCACCGUCGGAGACUGCAAGGAAAGGCACCAUUCCCUUCUUCAUCCACCGAGCUCAAGCACACCUCUGUCAACGAACUGCCAUGUGCACGACUCGGAGCAGCAUCCCGUCAUUUUUAGGAUGGUUCCGAUCAAACUGCACCACGAAGGACGCACCUGCAAUGUCAUUGCCUUUUUGGAUGAAGGGUCCUCGUAUUCCCUGAUGGAGAGCAACGUGGCCGAACAACUCAAGCUAAAAGGAGCUUGGGAACCGAUUCUCGUGAAGUGGACAGCUGGGAUGAGUCGGCUUGAACGAAAUUCUCGCCGUGUUGACGUGUCGAUCUCGCCGAGCGGAUCCAACGAGAAACUUCUCCUACGAAAUGUCCACACAGUCCAAGAGCUCCAACUGCCGGAACAGAAGAUUCGUUUUGCCGAGGUUGCCGCCCGUUUCAAGCACCUUAGUGGGUUACCUGUGGCUGAUUGCUUGGGUGGCUCUCCAAAAAUUCUUAUUGGACUGAAACACCUACACGUGUACGCACCAUUAGAGUCACGAGUCGGCAACGCUGGGGAGCCAAUAGCGGUUCGCACGCGGCUUGGUUGGACAAUAUAUGGCCCUCAAGGUAAUAACGUCACCGGAACCGGGUUUUCUGGGCAUCACACAGCUGUUGAACUAGCAGAUUUGGACCUCCAAGAACUUCUUCGAAAACAUUUCACGCUAGAGGAGUCUGGCUUACUAGUCAAGGUACUCCCAGAAUCUAACGAAGAUCGUCGAGCGAGAAUAAUGCUGGAGCAAACAACCCAGCGCAUCGGAGACCACUUCGAGACCGGCCUUUUGUGGAAAAACGACGACCCUCAAUUGCCGGACAACUACCAAAUGGUGGUAAAGCGACUGAAGAGCCUGGAACGAAAGUUAGGGAAAAAUCCAGAACUGGCGCUGAACGUGGAGAAGCAGAUCGACGAUUAUCAGCGGAAAGGAUACGCCCACAUCGCUACUAGCAGAGAGUUGAAGGAAGCUGAACCGGGUAAGAUCUGGUACCUUCCCUUAAACGUCGUGCUCAACCCCAAAAAGCCGGGAAAAGUCCGGUUGGUCUGGGACGCUGCUGCGGCCGUGCAGGGGAGAUCACUCAACACCGAAUUGUUAAAGGGCCCCGAUCUUCUGUCAAGCCUUCCGUCCGUCAUGUGUCCCUUCCGUGAGCGGCCUGUCGCCUUUGGCGGCGAUAUUGCUGAAAUGUACCACCAGAUACAUAUACGGUAUAUCAAAAAUCGAAAUGCUCAGGAGUACUGCGAAGAAUAUCCAGACGCAGUUGAAGCUAUUGUCGGCAAACACUAUGUCGACGACUAUUUCGACUCCACGUUCACGGUACACGAAGCAGUCAAACGAGCAAAACAGGUCGUUUUCAUCCAUUCAAAAGCUGGAUUCCAUAUGCGAAACUGGGUGUCGAACAGCGCAGAAUUUCUCCGGCAUUUCAACGGGCAACCGGAUAAUCGCAUAAUACACUUCAACUGCGACAAGUCCAACUACACGGAGAGAGUCUUGGGUAUGUCAUGGAACACCCAGGCAGAUGUUUCCGUGUUCGCGGUUGUUAUGCAUGACGACCUGAAACCUUACCUCAUGGAAGAGAAGCUGCCAACGAAACGAAUACUACUGAGAAUCGUCAUGAGCUGCUUCGAUCCCCUCGGUCUGUGGACGUUGUUCACCGUUUUCGGGAAAAUGAUCAUCCAAGAUCUCUGGAGAAACGGGUGUUCGUGGGAUGAUGUUGUCGACGACAAUUCUGCGAAAAAAUGGUUCAAAUGGAUUGAGCUGCUGCCACGUGUUCAGGAGAUGAAGAUUCCACGCUGCUAUUUUCUAGAUACGAAACCUUCCGACUACCAGAAUUUAGAGCUUCACGUGUUUGCAGACGCAAGUGAGGAGGCCUAUGGAUGCGUUGCCUAUUUCCGAGUCCUAGUGAACGGACAACCAAGAGUUGCACUAGUAUCCGCAAAAUCGAAGGUGGCUCCACUACAGUACAUGUCCAUCCCCAGAAUGGAGCUCCUCGCCGCUGUACUUGGUGCUAGAUUAGCUGCUGCAGUCAAAGCUAACCAUUCUGUAGAAGUAAAGACUGUUAUGUUCCAUAUUGACUCCGCAACCGUACUUUCGUGGAUCCAAUCCGAUCAUAGGAAGUACAAACAGUUUGUGGCGUACCGUAUCGGGGACAUUUUGAGCCUCACUAGCCCACAGGAAUGGAACUGGAUCCCAACGAAAUACAACAUAGCCGAUGUGAUUACGAAGUGGGGUAAGCAUGGUCCACCAAUAGAGUCCGAUGGUGAGUGGGUACGCGGUCCUGAAAUACUUCGCAGACCAAAAGAAGAGUGGAUUCAACGACCCCUACCAACUCCAGGCGUUAAGGAAGAGCUGCGAGCGUAUCACUUGUUCCACGAAAUUUCAUUUUCCAAUAACUUGAUCGACACUACCCGAUUUUCGCGCCAUACUAUCCUGGUUCGAAGCAUCGCUUGCGUAUUUCGAUUCAUUUCAAAUUGUCGCAAAAGGGUUAAAGGACAGCCGAUCGAAACUCUUCAAGCUACGCCAAAAUUGGAAAGGUCGAUCAAAAGGGUAUUCCUGUCGAACAAAACUCCGCUAAAACGUGAUGAAUAUCGACUGGCUGAGAACUAUCUGUGGCGAACGGCGCAGCAAGAAGGUUUUGCUGACGAGCGGAAGACAUUACUGAAGAAUAAGGAACUUCCUCAGGCAAAGUGGCACUCCAUAGAACGAUCCAGUGUGCUCUACAAAUUGGCUCCUUUUGAUGAGCAUGAGCAUAGAUGA